AUGGACCGGCCCCGCCAUAGCCCCGAGUCCUCGUCCCACCCUCGCCAUCCCGCGCUCUUUGCGUCGCUGCAGAGAACGCCGCGCGUCCCGGAGGCUGCAGGGGCCGAUGCUUCGAAGGACUCGCGCGAAAAGGCGUCUAGGGAGGCGAAGCGCUACCUGCUUCAGGUCGUGCGGAACGACUGGACUUACGAGACGGCCCCUCGGUCCCCAGCUCUUCCGUCUCCCUUGUCAAGCUCAUCAGACGAAGAACCACCCCCGCCGCCCCUACCCAAAGAUCGAGAAGUACUGGAAUGGAGGUUGCGAGAAGAGGACACCUCGGGUUCGGAGCAAGAAGUGGAGAAAGAUGCCGGCCAAGAUGCCAGCGAUCCGUAUCGAUUCGAUUCUCCGGAUGCGGUCGAACAAGCCGUCCUGGAGCGACGGAGGAAGCGGCGAAAGUUGAUUGAGGAUGAGAUGCAGUGGAACCGCGGGCUUCGAAUAUGGGCCCAUCGACGCGAUGCCUGGACGGGGGCUAGGGUCAUUUCAAAGCCAUCGGCCCAGCGAGAGGCCCAGACAGCCUCAAAGCCGUGGGCGAGCAGCGAUGAAAGCGCCGGAGGCAGCAUCAACGGUGCCAGCGACCUCGAGACUCUGGAGUCCAUUUCUCGCGUUAUCUCCGCCGAUUCAGCACCCAGUGCUACGACCGCUUCUACGGGCGAAUCCAGUGCGCCUCCCGGUGAUGCUAUCAGCAGAAGCACCAUAGUCGUUCCCCAGACAGAGCCUCUGGCGGACUCCCCGGAGCCUCUUGUUCCUGUCGUUCCGCCUAUAUUGCCUGACUGUAACCCAUUUCGUGCCUACACCACGCCGGCGAACUACCCUGCCAUAUACAACAAGCUUGUCGUCGAGGGCAACACGCCCGCGGUGCCUGUCAAUCUCUCGCAUAUGACACGCGCACUUGUUCAAGGCUGGAAAAAGGAAGGCCAAUGGCCCCCCAAACCCACCCUUGCGCAAAACGUGCCCGUGGUCAGGAAAAGACGGUCCCGACUGCACCGAGAAUCAAACAGCAAGGCCGUGGCAACGACCGUUGGCGGAGAUGAUUCUGGCAGCAGAAGGAGAUCAAUCGGUUCAAAUGUCACUGGUGCUGUAAAAAAAGUACUUGGCUUUGCGACCAUGCAUCCUGGACAUCGAUUCCAUAUACGGGGAUCCAGCCAAAGCGGUGCCCCUUCUGCAGGCCCACCAGCCUAA